GGAAAUUGACCGAGAGAAUAGAAAAUAUUUAAUAUUUACGGAAUAUACGCGGGAACGUGAUAAUUGUACAAGGUUGGCCAAAAUACUAGAUGACUCCGGGCAACACGUGGUCGCUGAAAAACUUCGAGAAUAUAAUACACCAAGGAAAAUUACUGAAUUUUUAACCAAGGUAGAACUAUCUGUACAAAAAGCUUCAGCAAUGAGGUCAGGUCAGUCCCGGUGGUUUCCCAUGGACGGCAUUCCCAGGGGAAAGGCGUUAAUAUUUGUCAGUAUUAUGGAACUCCUACCGGAAGCCAAUCGAUUCGCCUCCAUAUUCGGACAGUUGUACUUCGAUGUGGAGAUUCAUGCAAUCAAAUUGUGUGGACAAAUGGUAACCGUUUUAAAGGAUGUGUCACAGAAGGAAUACCCGGAUAAUGCCCUCAUUGUCAUGUAUAUUGGACAUGGAUGUGAUGAGAGGAUCUGGAUAUCCAAUGAGGAGCAGAAAAGGAUUUGUGAAAUUGUGGACAUAUUUUCUGGAAAUAAUUGCCAUGAUACAUUUGAUCGAAAACCUAAGAUAUUUAUUUUUAACUGUUGCAGACAUAAUAAUAUGAUGGCAACCCCGAUGGCAACAAAUAUCAACACUGAACAGAGACUACUUGUAUUUGAUAUGUCCUCGAUUGAUACAAACUGGUACAAUCAAAACACGCGCACCUACAUUUGCUACUCGUGCGUUGAAACGUUGGAAGAGUUGGGUCAACGGCCUGAGAUACGCCAGUUCAUGGUGACCAGGGAC